AUGCCACAAAUUUUUCAAGUUUUAAGAUGCUAUAAGUGCUCUAUUUUUCAGAUCCACCAAACAAGAAAAGACAAUAAAUGGGUGUGUAAAGUAUGUGGUGAAAAACAAUCUGUCAAAAGACACUAUGGCAUAGGUACAGGUAAAGACUGCAGAAUGCAUGUUCAGAAAUUAAAUAGCAUGAGAGGUGAAAAAGAAGAAGCAAUCAAAACAUGUAUAUCAGAUGAUGGCGAUUGUGAUGAGGCUUUGGAAUGUAGUAUGAAGAAUGAUGCAAUGAACAAUAAAUAUUUAAUAAACAAAAAAAGUAAAUGGUCGACAUAUAUUGAAGAGCCUCAAGAUGUUGACUCAAAUACUCCUGAGUACAUUGACAACCUGGAAGUAGUAUUAGAAGUGCCUCAAAAACGUAAAUUGAACAAAACAUAUAAUAAUAAUACUAAAUAUUUUAAACAAUGGGAAGAUUGUGCAAGAUCUUUUAAAACAAAUAAUUGUGAUAACUUUGAAAGUAUAUCAUCAACUGAAAUUAAUUAUGAAAUCAAACCUACUGAGGCUCCUCCUCAAGACAAUAAUUUAAGUAGGAUAUCAGGUAGUAUGCUUUUAAAGAAUGACAAAAGUCUUAAACCUCAAAGUAAUAAUUUAGAUAAAGAAAGUAUUAAAAAAACAUCAAAAUGGGCUCAAUUCAUUGAAGAUGAUAAAUAUGAAACUUCUAAUGCCGAAAAUGUUGAAAGUUCUCCCAAAAAAGAUUCUUUAUUUUCAUUAUGUGAUGACGAGGACAUAGAUAACAUAUUAGACUUA